GUUUGCAUCGAAUUAGGAGGUCCUGCCUGGCAGCCCAACCGAAAACACGAGGUUAAUCACUACCAAGUGUUGGCUGUUGUGGCUGUUUCCGUCGUCUUUACCCCACUAUCGCGGGGCUGAGUCGAAUGGUUUUACGCUUCUCGAGCUCCUGAGCUGCUCAGCCCCUCAAAAGGCCUGGUACUUCCACGUAAGCUGACCCGAAGCCAUCGUUGACACCACAUACCUCCACUGAUCUUCAGCUUGUACCUGCUCCCCAAAAUCCAACAACGUAAUCUCUCUGUAGCGCUUACACCUUUUACCAAGUCCAAGUAGAGCGCCUGCAUUGCAAACCUAUGGCGUACAAUCAACCGCCAGGGGGCUAUGGGCAGCCACCCUAUCAAGGACAGCCCUAUGGCCAACAGCCACAAUAUCAACAGGGAUAUCCUCAAGGCUACGGACAGAACGGGCAACCUCCAAUGCAAAAUCAACAGUAUCCACCUCAGGGUCAGUAUGGCGCACCUCCGCAACAGCAGCAAUGGGGCCAGCCUCCACUAUCUGGGCAGUACAGUGCGCCAGCACCUAAUCAGUACGGCGGGCCACCUGCCCAAGGACAGUACAGAGCUCCACCUCAGCAGCAGCAGUGGGGCCCGCCGCCUCCUCCGCAGGGUCAGUACGGUGCGCCUCCUCCAGGUCAAUAUGGAGCGCCACCUCAAGGACAGUAUGGCGCACCGCCCCCACAAGGACAGUAUGGAGGAGCACAACCUCAAGGCCAGUAUGGAGCUCCUGCACCACAAGGACAAUAUGGUGCGCCGCCUCCAGGCCAGUACCAGCCGCCUCCUCAGCAACAACAAUACGGACCUCCAACUCAGCCAUCUCUUGGGUACGGGCCUCAGCAAACCGCCAACAUCGACGUUUCACGGGAUGUUGAGGCUAUCCGAAAGGCCAUGAAGGGCUUUGGGACCGACGAGAAGGCACUUAUCACAAUUCUAUCGAAGAAAGAUCCUAUCCAGAUCAACACCAUUCGCACACAAUAUGACCAGAGGAUGAUGCGCAACAUGGUCAACGAUCUCGAAGAAGAAACCAGAAGCUAUUUCAAGGAAGGCCUGGUGGAGAUUGCUCGUGGUCCUUUGAUUUCUGACUGUUACACCCUUUUCAACGGCAUGAAGGGCAUGGGCACCAAGGAAGCUAUGCUCGACGAUGUUUUGAUUGGCCGUUCCAAUGCCGACAUCAACGCAAUCAAGCAGGAGUACCAGAAGCUUUUCAAGAAGAGCCUCGAGACCGAUCUUCGCGGUGACUUGUCCGGCGGCACAGAACAAAUGUACAUGAUGAUCACAGCAGCCCGUCGCGCAGAGGACUCGGCGCCUGUCAUUCCCCAGGAAAUCGAGCAGGCCGUUACCGAUCUCCAGACCGGCAUCGGUAACAUGGUCAGCAAGAACGCCGCACAAGUCUGCCAGAUCCUGACUUCUAAGAACGACGCUCAGCUGCGUGCCAUUGCGCAGUCUUACCAGCAGCGCUUCCACAAGGACCUCAACGGCGUGCUCAAGUCCGCGUUCUCGGGGCAUAUGGAAGACGCGCUCCUGCUUCUGCUAGCUCGCGCGCAAAACCGCGCGCUGGCUGAGGCUGUCAGGCUGGAAGAGAGCAUGGCGGGUAUAGGCACGAAGGACCAACUGCUUGUUCAGCGCGUCGUCAGGUGCCAUUGGGACCGCAACUUUAUGAACGCCGUCAGCGCCGAGUACAAGAAGAAGUACGGCAAGGACCUCGUCAAGAGGAUUGAGGGCGAGACAAGAGGCGAUUACGAGAGGUUAAUGGUUGCUUGUGUUAAGCCUUGAGCUGUGCCAUGAGUACGAAGACGAUAUUGAGUGUUUGGGUUGCAUUAUAGCGUGGUCGAUUCCUGCCUGGAUGCGUAUCGCGGGUUCAUGAGCUACAUCGGAGGAGGAUAUCUGAAUAUACGAUCCUAUUCUUUCAUCUCACAAUACCUGGGCAUGUAGUAAGCAUUGACUUGUGUUUCUCAUCGCGAGGCAUGCACAAAUUCCCAC